AUUAGCAAUUUUUCGACAGCUAUUAUUUCUAAAAAGUCACUUUUACUUACUUAAGAUAUUCUAACAGUAUUUUUAUGUUUUGAGCGCAGUGUUUUUAUAAGUCAAGUGCUUUACGAGUGUUGCGGAAUGUCACGUUUGUUGUACCGUUGCCUAGCAACGAGCUGGAUAGCCGCUUUUACAUUUUAAAGUAGCGUUUUCAGAACUCUACCAACAAUGUCUGAAGCCAUCUACCCAGCAGGAAGCGUCUACGACUGGAUCCCAAAGGAGCAAGAGGAAAUUAAAAAACCACCAAGAUAUGUGUCCAAGUUCAGGCCAGCUGUCAUACUUGAGCACAAGCUAACCAAAGAUGCAAAGAAGACGAUGGGACCACCAAAAGUGGAACUGCCGUCUCCGGAUAAGUACCUGAAAAAACACUCAAAGCAUCCCAAACCACCUGAGAAGUCUGAAGACGGGCAUAAGACUCGGACAUGCGCAGUGAGGAAGCCAGCGGUCCCUAGGCGGACUGAGAAACCGCUGAUGGGGAUCCAAACCAAAAGGAAUUUCCUACAGACCACCGUCAUGUUUCCCAUGAAGCCUAAAGCCAUUUCUGUUGACACAAAGGAAGGACACAAACAGCUCCUGGAAAACUCUGGACUAGUCCCUAAAUACGUCAUGAAAAAGGAUUACGGCGAAGUGCCGAUGUAUCUGCAGCUGCGCAGUGAAGCCGAGCGGAAGGCCCAGGCGGAGAACCAGCGCCUGGUAAGGGAGCAGAAUGUGCUGCAGCGGCUAACGGAGGAGGAUCACCAGGCCGUCCUGAAGGGACUGAAGAAGAAGUGGGACGAACUCCACCGUGAAUAUCAGGGCCUUCCUCUCCUCAUCGACACGCCGUCAAAGAAAACCCGGAAGAUCUGCCUGGAGGAGAAGAUGAGUCAACUGGAGAAGGACAUCAGCUUCUUUGAAAGCAUCGUGAUGUCAUCAGGGAAUCCUCCCCCUGUUGCUCCAUCCAGUGUUUCGGUGGUGGAAUCAACCCAUUAAUGUUGAUGGCUCCAAUUGUAAUUUUAUUUCUCUAUUUUCUAAACAAUUUGCCAGAAACACCUUAAUUUUAAUUCCAAUUCAUUUAUGAAAUUUGAUAGCCCAUUUAUCGCAUAUAAUUUGGCCUGAAAUAGGGCUUUUCUCCUUCUCCCCCUGAAAAUAUAAUUAAAUGAUCAAUUUGAGAUC